AUGAUCUGGGUGGAAACGCCUCCAGAAGUAGCGUUCGAGGACGAGACGGAUCGCACAGCAGCCGAUUAUAACGUUGUGUCAGUAGGAGAGCCCCUCUCCUAUGUGCGAGAGAUGUCGGAAAGUCAGUCUUCGGCCUCCAUGGUAGCGUUCCCUCUUCGAAUUGCCAACCCAUGCUCCCAUCCCCAACUUGAUCUAUACGCUAGCUCUUCAAACGCCCUCCUCUCGCCAGAAGACCUGAGCGCUCGUCAGAAGUUGAGCAACUUCAACGAAGCUUUCCUCUUGAGACGAUUCCGCGGCACUCUCGGUCCAUUGCUUGAUGUCUGCGACCACGAACGACGCUUUUCAGUAGAGGUGGUAGAACGAGCCCCUUCGUGCCCUCUUCUUCUCUACGCAUGUCUCGCCAUCGCCGCUCGCCACCUCUCUCACUCGACAAACUCAGUUCCUCCCAACGCUGCCGACGAAUACCACGAACGAUGCAUCGCCAUCCUUCUGCCUGGUCUCGAAAGCAGAGACUUCCAGCAGAACAUCGAGACACUUUUGGCCGCAACAGUGAUUCUCCGUUUGUUCGAGCAAAUUUCUUCUCAUAACCCCUCCAACGACCAGCAACGACACCUCCUCGCAGGGUCUGUGUACAUCGGCUCCCAGAUCGACUGUGCAACGUCGGGCGGCCUAGCCGAGGCCGCAUUCUGGGUAUUCGUUAUGCAGGACAUCCAGUUCGCGCUGGCAUAUCGAAAGCCCCUGCGGCUGACUCUAAGCCCCUUUGCGGGAAAACUUCGGCAAAAGUGGGCGCACAAUAUGUACGAGAUGGACCGGGACUGGACACACCGCGCGAUUUGGGUGUUGGCGGAAACAAUCAACUACUGCUAUGCCAGGAACACUCCGCUCCCGACGGACACCAUGGAUGGGAAGGACCUGAAGAUGAAAAUCCGCGAGUGGGAGACAGAACGACCGGAAAGCUUCCGGGCUCUCCAUGUUUCACCUCCCAAUCCCGCAAUCGGCCGGGCCUUCCCGGUGGUGUGGUUCACGAACGCUUCGCAUGCAAUGGCGGUGCAGCAUAUCUGUAUGGCGAAGGUCCUGAUCCAGGAAUACGAGCUACAAACUAUGGGGCUAUCGGCGGAAGCCAGAGCCAAUGGCAACGACAACUUGAUCGAGAACCUGAACCUUCUCUUUGGCAUUGCGUUGUCGACCGACGACGAGCCGUCCUUGCGGAUCUUAGCCUGCCACGCGCUCUGGGCCUGUGCCACAUGGAUCCACGACCCUCUGUCGCGAAGCAGCCUAUUGGACCUCCUGCGGCGAACAGAGGCCGAAAACAGCUGGCCCUGGGGGUUUUUGGUGCAGAAACUAGUGCGCGACUGGCGGGUCCCUGUGCGGCCAUAG